AUGACAGCCCUGAGGCAGCUUUACCCCAAAAGACCUUUACACACACCCCUCCCUCUUCUUGAGGAUCUGACUCAACGUGGUUUCAUCCAAAACUUGACUAGACGCGACGCCCUUCAGAAUGCCCUUCAAGCCAGCAAGCAGACGGUCUAUGCGGGGGUUGACCCGACUGCGGGUUCUCUUCACAUAGGCCACCUCAUCCCCUUGAUAUGCCUUCUCCAUUUCCAAGUUCGCGGUCACUCCAUUAUUCCCUUGGUGAGCACCGUCUUCGUUCUCUCACGGAAUCAGGCUCAUGACGAGAAGAUUGGUGGUGCAACAGGACGCGUCGGAGACCCAUCCGGCCGACUGACCGAACGUCAACCUGCUGACAUCAAGAAGGUUGAGGACAACGUCGUCAAUCUUACGUCAAGCAUACAGCUCUUCUUCAAACGAGCACUCCCCUACGCUCGUUCCCGCAUCCAACUCGAUGAAGCUGUUUCUGUGGAACCUCAAGUCGUUAGCAACCUACAAUGGCACGAGACAUUCACCUUGCUGGACUUCCUUGCAAAAGUUGGACUUCAUGCUCGAGUGAACGCCAUGAUGAAUCGCGAGAGUGUACGUGCUCGCUUAGAUUCACAGCAAGGUCUAUCCUUCACCGAAUUCACCUACCAACUACUGCAAGCCUACGACUUUUAUCACCUGCACAAAUACUUCGAAUGUUCCAUCCAAGUGGGCGGCUCUGAUCAAUGGGGCAACAUUGUGGCAGGAUUGGACCUGAUCAGCAAACUCGAACCUGACACUUCACAUAACCAGGAAUCUAGCGUAGCCUACGGCAUUACCACCCCUCUCCUAACCACUUCCACGGGAGAGAAGUUCGGGAAGAGUGCUGGAAAUGCGAUCUGGUUGGACCCUACUCUUACCAGCGUCUUCGAUUUCUACCAGUAUUUCCUCAAAGUAACUGAUGCAGAUGUUAGGAAGUACCUGAAACUCUUUACGCUCCUAUCGAAUGAAGAAAUCCAAACCGUCUUGGAAACUCAUGAAAAAUCCCCAGAACUAAGGGUUGCGCAACAUCGUCUAGCUGCAGAGGUGACAGAAAUGGUCCACACAAAAAUUGGUGUUGCUCAAGCAGUUACACGAACUAAAUUACUUUUUGGCUCCGACUACGCGACCUUUAAAGCUAAAGAUAUCCUGUCUGCUUUCGAUCAAGACCCUCGGCUCGUGAAGGUCCCCAGGCAGGAGAUUUUGGAUACUUCUGCUGGAAAACUGGCUGCGAAACAUGGACUCGUGUCAUCAAAUUCUGUCUCGCGUUCACUUAUCUCGUCUCGCGGUCUGUACUUGAACAAUCAACCUGUUGAAGAUGUACAAUACAAAAUCCUGCCUGAGGAACUUCUGGACGGAAAAAUUGCCAUUUUGCGUGCAGGAAAGGACAAGCUCCUGGUUCUUGCGGCUUCAGAUUGA